CUCUUGAGUCUGUCCAAUCAGAUUUCUUAUCUUAACGUAACGUCCGAACGUCGGAAGCAGGUGUAGCAUCUCAUGGAGCAGUUGGCUGCUGCUGUUUAUCCUGUGUAAACACAGCCCCACUAUGAGGCAUGGACGGUCAAAAUAUAACCAAAGUGGUCCUGCUGGCCUGCGGGUCCUUCAACCCCAUCACCAACAUGCACCUGAGGAUGUUUGAACUGGCUCGAGAUUAUCUGGAAGACACAGGUCAGUACAGGGUGGUGAAAGGCAUCAUCUCUCCGGUGGGUGAUGCCUAUAAGAAGAAGGGUUUAAUUGAGGCCUGCCACCGUCUGGAGAUGGCCAGAUUGUCCACAGAGAACUCAGACUGGAUCACAGUGGAUUCCUGGGAAAGCUUGCAGCCAGAGUGGGUGGAGACAUGCAAAGUCAUUCGGCAUCACUAUGACGAAAUGCUUGCAGCAGAGCAGAACAAUGACGACGUGGACACGGUCAAGUACGCAAAAAAGAGACGCAUUGAGGAGAAUUAUUUUGACGGUUCAUCCUAUCACAAAAGGAGAGACGGCCCUCAGCUAAUGUUGCUGUGUGGGGCCGAUGUCCUGGAGUCCUUUGGGGUCCCUAAGCUGUGGAAGCAGGAGGAUAUCGCUGAGAUUGUGGGCCGCUACGGUUUGGUUUGCAUCAGCCGCAGCGGCAAUGACCCCCACAAGUUCAUCCACCAGUCAGACAUGCUGUGGAAGUAUCGCAAGAGCAUCCACGUAGUCCAAGAAUGGGUGACCAAUGAGAUCUCAGCCACUCACGUGCGCCGGUCGCUGCGUCGAGGGCGGAGCAUCAGAUACCUGCUCCCAGACAACGUGGUUGAUUACAUACGAGAGCACGGCCUCUACAGCGAUGAAAGCGAGCGGAAAAAUGCAGAUGUAGUUCUAGCACCACUUGAGAGAUACACGGGCGCCUCCUCAAGCUGAGGAGGUUCAUUGCUGCAAAAACGGAGAUGUAAGCUGUCUACACUAAGUGCUGUGUGUUUACUGAGAAUCUAAAACAAAUCAUACACAAUUCAGACCACUAGUGCCUACUGUACAGAACAGUCUUUUCUAGUAAUGGGUGUUGUUUUUUAAGAAGAUAAAUCUGCAUAGACUAUUCUGAGUGAAGUGAUUUAGUAACAAUUAAAGCAACGAUAUUUCUUUGAUUUGAUGCCCCUACAGUCUCAGAGUGUAAUUCACUUAUACACCGCUGUUGUAAAUAUGCACAGCUGGACACAGUGCAUUUGUUAUGAUUACUCAUGAUCAAAAUCUAUCGAGCCGACAACAUUGCUACAGCCAAACGCUAAGCAAGACACAGCAAGCCAACUAAUAUUACUUAGUCCAACAGCAAGAUGGCCAGCUCAAAGUCUGUCUUGCAGCCUUUAAUUCGCGAAGCUCUCGCCCAGAUUUAGCCGUCCGUGAUUUACGUAUGCCCGUUGGCCUCUUGCUCGGUCACUCUCUCCUUUUCUCUUCUUAGCUUCCUCUGUCAUUUCCCUCUUCGGUCUCUUUGCCCCUUCAAUAAUGUCCGUAGACGCUGCUCAAUCAGGUUCUGUUGCAUGCUCAUCCAGCUCUGGUUCGAGCACGACGCCACUCCCCGCCAGCUUCAAGCUGGUAAAAUUUGUUGCAUAAUGUUGCGUGUGUGUAGCUGUGUGGUACAAUAAUCAAAAACACAAUAACUGAGCAGCAGUUCAACCAGUUGGUGUGUGGUUAUUGAACUAGGGAUUCACGAUUGUGUGUGAAGCAGUCAGCAUACUGUGCGUUUGGUAUUUCAUGAAAUAUAAUUUGAAACAAAUUCAUUUUAGUCUUUUUACUUGCUUGCUUCAGUAUACUCUCUCAACUCAUCACAUUUUAUUUUUUUUACCUAGAGCAGGGUUUGUUCAUGCACUCCCUCAGGCAAAAGCAGGCAAUAAAACUACUAGCUUAUAAUAUGUUUACUUAGUGCUGCAGAUUUGAAAGUGAAAGUGUGGUUGGUAUUGAUUGGAAAUGAAAUAAACAAGCCUCUUUGUUUUCGUC